AAGUUUAAAGUAAACAGUAAAUAAAAAACUGAGCCGUUCUUGUUGAAGUAGUUGGAUAUUCAAAUGUUUUUAUUGCUAUUUUAUAUUUAUUAAGAUUAUUAUAAUGAUUAAUAAUUGAUAAUAAUAAUGUCUAUGAAUAUAAAUGACAUAUUUAUAGGAGAAGUUGCAUCUGUCCAAAACUAUGGGGCAUUUAUUAGAAUACCAGGAACUAAGCAACAAGGUCUUGUACAUCGUACACAGUUGUCUAGAGUACCUGUAGAUGAUGCCACAGAUGUUUUAUCUAAAGGUGAUAAAAUAUGGGCUAAAGUUAUUGGAACAGAUGACGGAAAGAUUUCUCUUUCUAUGAAACUUGUUGAUCAAGGUAGUGGCAGAGAUUUAGAUCCCAAUGGAGUUCAAAUGUUUCAAGAUGAACAAAGAAGAAAGAUUCAACCCAAUUCUAAGGGUAAAAGAACAAUUCAAUUAGAUGCAGUUUAUAACACAAAGUGUGUGAGAUGUGGAACUGGUGGACAUUUAGCUAAAGAUUGUUUUAAAGGCACAUCUGGAAAAAUUUAUGAUCUUUUGCCAGACGAUGAUGAGACUGAGGUAUUACACGUAGCACCUAAUCAAUCUGAAAAGUCUGAAGCAAUAAAUAAAGAUGUUUUAUCAACGAAUGAAAAAAUCAAAAAAAAGAAAAAGAAGAAAAAAUCUAGCGAAUCAAAGAAAAAAAAGAAAAGAAAAAGACAUUUAUCAACUUCUUCUUCAAAUAGUUCUAGUUCUGAGGAGGAAAGUUCAAAAAGAAAAUCAAAGAAACACAAAAAAAAGAAAACAUAUUAACAAAAUACUUUUUAUUGGACAUAUUUUAAUAUAAUUCACUGACUUAUAA